GACCGUGCAAGCCUUCACACGCGGACUUCUGCCUCAAGUCGCUACUCUACGCUACGUAUCCGCCCUCGCGAAUUACCCCGAGAACCAGCAAAAAUGGUGUACAUUGUGAAGGAUUCUACGGACUUCAACAACAAGCUGGAGUCGGCCGGCGAUCUGCUGGUAGUGGUGGACUUCUUUGCCGUCUGGUGCGGACCAUGCAAGGCGAUCGCGCCGAAGCUGGAGGAAUUCCAGAACAAGUACGCCGACAAGAUUGUCGUCGUGAAGGUGGACGUGGACGAGUGCGAGGACCUAGCGGCACAGUACAACAUCUCCAGCAUGCCCACCUUCCUGUUCAUCAAGAACAAGCAGGUCGUGACGCAGUUCUCCGGCGCAAACGCCGACAAGCUGGAAAACCACAUUACGCAGAACAUGUAAACCACCCUCCUCCCCAUCGGCAAGGCUGGUGAAAAACCGCGGAACAACGGGAUAAUAUCUCGGUGUUUUGUAGUUUUGUUUUUCAUUUGCUCUUGCGGAAUUGCACAGCACCUACCAGCACACUCAUAUACCACAUCCCCGGUACGCGACCCUCAGCAAUACCCUCCCUUCCUCCUUUCUUCUAAGUAUCUCCAGAACAAGUCUUCUGCUGUUCUUCUUACGCAAUCGCUGUGUUCCAAAAGAGUGAUGAAAACGGAUGUGGUUUCCACAUUCACUCCCAAAUGCGUUCCCGUUCCCAAGUCACACGAUGUGAUCCAUGCGAUCCGACUUCGUAUCCAACCGGUCCCAUGUAGACCCAGUGAUUCACAGCAUUACAAAGACACCCACAACUACGCGAAAUGAUGACGCCUUUUGCUCUUGGCUUUAAGAGAUGUGAAGAUAACGUCGCAGAUGCGGCACUCUCAGCCAUCGGCAUAAGAUGCACCAUUAGCCCUUCUAGAUUGUUAGUUGAAGUAUGUAUUUUUUGUUGUGCUUAAAAUGUUACAUUUAAUAUAAUGCAUUAUGUCAAACACCACACCUCCUUCUGAAUCACACCCACGCCUUAGCCCGUUCCCAGUGUGUUGCUGCUGGGUUGAAAAUAAAAUUAACGGAAGAUCGAAGAUAUAGUAACCUAAACAUUGAAUCGAAUCGGCGGCUUACGGAUCAAAUCGUGUGAGCAUACAAGUGUCACUUAAUUUCUACGCCAGGUUCAUAAACGAACGGAAGCGAAUGGAAUAAAACUAAUUUAAAA